AUGGCCGGAGGAACAACACAUACAUUAUCUGGCUUCCUCCGCGUUACAGAUAAAUGCUCAAAAUGCGGCUGGAAGCAUGCAGAUCAUCGGGAUAACGAGAUAGAGGAAAAGGAGAAACAUGCUGUGGCUAAAAGGGCUGAACAUGAAAAGAGGCUAAAGGCUGAAGCGGCGGUUGUAAAGGCGGCUAGAGAAGCGGAUGCUGCUAAGAAGGCUGUGGCUUCAAAGGCGGCUAGAGAAGCGGCUGCUGCUAAGGAGGGUAAUGGCAAGGUCGAUAACGAGGAUAAGGACGAUGACAAUGUCAAGAAGUAG